AUGGUUAAGGAUGAUAUUUUAUUACGUGAUUUUAAUGUUAAUGAUCUCAUUAGAAAAGGAAAACAGAUGAAUCUCGGAAAUGAUAUAUCAUUAGUGUGUAGUGAGCAACGGGGUACAAUGGCUGCCAACAUCUCACCUGCUGCUCAUUUAGAUAAAGAACAGAUAUUCGGAAUAGCUGAAAAGGAGAUGGAAUAUAGAGUCGAAUUAUUCAACAAGAUGACCCACACCUGUUUCAAUAAGUGUGUUGACAAUAGGUACAAGGAGUCCGAGCUAAAUAUGGGUGAAAAUAGUUGCAUUGACCGCUGUGUCUCAAAAUACUGGCAUGUGACUAAUCUAAUUGGUCAGCUGCUUGGUUCUGGGAAGCCUCCGAUGUAA